AUUACUUGAGAAAUGUCAGGACAAAGACCACCAGGGAUCCCUAUGAAUGGUAGGUUUCCACCACCAGAAAGGAUGGAAAUGGGUCAUCAGCCAAUGAUGCCAAGACACAUGAACCAUCCUAGGUUCCCAGGAGACGAACCUAUGAUGGGGGAUGGUCCAAGGCCACAGAUGUUCCCUCAACCUAUGAACAAUCCUGAUAGAAGGAUGGGGUAUCCUGGGCCAACAGAUAAUUUUCAUCCCCCUAUGCCUCCUGAUCGGAGAUUUGAGAGGCCAGGAUUUGAUCCUGGCAUGAGAACAGAGAGAAUGUUUCCUCAUAUGGGAGAAAAUCAGGGCCCGGCAAUGCCACUGAGAAAUCCAAACGGAGGGAUUCCUCCUAAUAUGAAUCAAUUGAAUGGAGCUUCAAAUGCGAAAAAGUUUUUGAUCAGGCUGAAGAACGAGAUCCUUCCUCCACGUCAUCCAAGCUCAAUAGUGGCGAUCCCUCAGAAUAGGGAGUCUAAGGUAAAGCAAACAGUGGACUUUUUGAAGAUACUCUCUCAUGUCGAAGUUUUGGAGAAGACUGCUAAAGACGACAUUCUUAGUGAAGAAGAACAUGAAGCGACAUCCAAACAAACUAAACCAGUCAACGAUAUGCAGAAAUUACUUUUAGAUGAUGACGAUGAUGAUGUAGAGGAAGAGUCUCAUAAGGUAAACCAAGCUCAAGCUGAAGAUGACAUGAGCGAAGAUAGCUCUGCCCAUGAGUCAGAAGCCAAUGAAGAUGAUGAAGGUGUCAAUUUUAGGUCAAAUGAUAAAGCUCUAAUUAUUGAUAAUGAUGAAAUAUCAGCAAUGAGAAUCCAAGCAGCCAGAAUGCGGAAGAGGAAGCAUAAGAAAAUAGAGAAAUACACUGUCGACCCUGAAUGGCUUGAAAAGAUGCGCAAUAAGAGAGCAAAGACAGGCGAAGCAGACGGCCAAGAGGUCCAGCAUACACCAGAUCCGGAGAUUAAGGCUAACCUUGACAAGUUAGAGUUAGAAUCUUUGAUUGAUGCCAAUAGCGAGGAUAUCAAAAGUAGUCUGCUGAUUGACUAUCUCAACCAUAUCUGCGGCCUUUGUGGAAGUCUUAAGAUAAAAAUGUACGUGCUUUUGAUCAGGCUUAUACAUAAGACAACUGCGGAUAAUUUCCCAGACGAAGACUCUCCAGCUGAUAUCCAAGUAUCUAGAUUAGAAGAAGAAUUAAUCCGCUUUAUUUUGCAAAAAGAUCGAGCCACCUUCUUUGAUGUCAUGAAGUUUUGGAUUCAUUAUGAGCAUGACAAGAAGGUAGUGCAGAAUUGACCAAAAUUCGAUAUACUUUUCCCUUAUAUCCUUAAUGUGAUCGUUGAGUCGAAGUUAUUCAUGAGGUCAAAUAGCUGGAUUUCAUUUAUCAUGACAUUGCCAGCUUAUCCUUGGUUCGUUUUCGAACAUGUCUAUCAGGUGGCUCUCAAUACGAUCCAUCGUGAUGUUGCUGCUAUUAAAGUAUGAUCCAAGAUCGUCCUCUCAGGCUGCUAUAAAGUUUCAAUCAAGAAAGAGUGAGUAAAAAUUCUCCUAAAAGCAGCCAUAAAUUCAGGUAUGACUCACAUGAAGAACCAAGCCAUUGAGGCUUUACUCAAGGCUCAUUCUGCAGGUAUAUUUAUCUUCGGUAAGGGAGAUAUGAUGAGAAACUUCUUCCACGAAUCUUUGGACAACCUGUUCAUCAAGCAAAUCUCUGAACCAUCCAGAACAAAGUCAGAUUGCCAGAAAUCUCUACUGGUAUUAAUCUACAGAAUCAUUGCUGAUGAUAACAAGUGCGAGUCGGCUGAUCAUGACACCCAAGAACUCAUAGAUAAAUGCAAACUCUUCUAUUUUGACUUAAUUUUUAAGUAUUACAAUACCUUUGAGGAAGAAACGAAGAACUGGCUAAUCAAAAUUAUGUUUUAUAAGAUCAUACAGAUCCCUAAGUUUAAAGAAGGCAGUAGCAAGCCCUUUAUGGGUCCACCAACCAAAGAAGACUUCAAGCUUGGUCUUAAACAUCCUAUUAAUAUUGAGGAGAACCCCAUGUUAGAGUUAGUCAAGUUCGGACUAAGAAAUGCAGGCCAAGAGGAGCAUGAAAGCAUCCUUCAGUUUGUAGACAUCCUAAAGUCUAAGGCUAGAUUAACUCUUGAUAUCAGUCAUGAAAUCUUGAGAGCUUCUAUUUUUAACACUGGAUAUUUAGAUGUCAUUGAGAAGACCUUCGAAACAACACUGAAAAUUCCUAAUAUCCAAAAAUUUAUCAACAAAAUUCCUAAUGAAGGUACUGAGAGCGAGAAGUUAUCGAUCUUGAUAAGUGCUCUGCUCGAGAACAGCAAGACAACUGGAGAUAGUAGGCCAAGUCCAGGAAAGAGGAAUACUCACAAGAUGAUCACAGAUUUGUUGCUAAAAGCUCCUAAAAGCUACAUCAAACUGAUGAAGAGUGUUAUUAAUUAUAUUGAAGUAGAAAUUUUAGUAGAAGUUCUUCACGAGAUCAUCGAUGAAGCAAGCGAAGAUAACAUAGAUGCUGUCAUGAAGAAGCAUAUUGGGGCAAUGAGGUCUAUUCUAUUGGCUCUAACCCUACCUCAUAAUGACCCUACCUCAGUAUCCCAGUCAAUGCUAGAGGUUGUGUAUAAGUUUACUCACAAGAAGGCUUGGAAAGAUAACCUAACUUGGAAAGGGAUCCUGUUGGUGUUUAAGAAGUGCAAGGAAGACUUUGAUAUCAAUAAAGUCUUUGAGCAUCUGCCUGAAGAUAACUUAAAGGAUAUCUACAGAGAACUUGAUAUCUCUGAAGAAGCCCUAGCUGCAAAGAGGGCAGAAGCUUAGAUAAGUUGUUACGUAAUUACUGAAUUUGUAAAUUUCACAAUUUAU